AUGUCAGCAUUAAACUUGCGUACAUCAGCACGCACAUCUAUAUUGCGCAUCUGGACGCAAGUUCAAGCAGAGAACUACCAUCCAGACUGUGUUGAAAGUGAACAGCUCUUGGGUAGUGCCAGACAACAUUUCUCUCGUUUUAUGGAUAACCAUUUUGCCCUCGUGUCCAGCGCACAUGGAGGCGAGAUGGCAGAGCAUGAUGAUUUGCUCGCUUCAACGGAGGAGAUUUUCAACAACAUUUGCAUCAAAUUAAAACGUAAAAUGUCAGCGUUUAGUGAACUUCCCAACCAGGAAUGCAGCCAUGCACCAGACAUGCGUUUGGAUCCCGUCUCCAUUCCAAGCUUUGACGGAGAGCCGUCCAAUUGGUUAGCGUUUAAGGAUAUGUUUGAGACGCUGGUUCACAACAGGAACGACUUGCAGCCCACCUAUAAACUGGGAAAAUUGAGACAAUAUGUGAAGGCGGAAAAGGUUCCAUUAGUCGGUGGCUUGUACACAGGUGGGUAUGAGGAGGUCUGGGCUGAACUGAAACAACGUUACGACAAUCCCCGUACUCUUUCGGAACAUCAUGUUCAGCAUCUACUAGACUUACCAACCCACCCAUCAGAAUCUCGAGCUACUCUACUUAAUUUUGUGGAUAGUGUACGUAACUCCUUCAGAGCGCUUGAAUUGAUGAAUGUGCCAGUAAAACAGUGGGAUGCUAUAGCCGUACCUCUACUACUACCGAAAUUACCGAUUGUUACUCGAACCGAGUGGGGAAUGAGCCUAAAAUCCAAUGCAAUUCCGAAAAUGGAAGAAGUGAUAAUGUUCGUGGAGCGGCGUGCAGCUAACCUGCCGACAUCGUCGCCAAUUGCUCCACAUAUUUCAAGCGGACGGACAUCGAGUCGUGUCGUGAAGGCGCAUCUGACUAUGAACUCCGGAAAAAUUCUUAAUCCGGUGGUAGCAUCUGACAAGGCAACGAAUUGCCCAUCUUGUAAUGAGUUUCAUCGGAUUACGAAAUGUCAAAAGUUUCGUAACCUUCAACUUGACGGACGCUGGGACUUGGUGAAGCAGGCAUCACUAUGUUUCAAUUGCCUCAAGACCGGCCAUCGUAAUCGCGACUGUCCAUCUGGCUUAUGUCUCAAUUGCCAACAGAAGCACAAUACUCUUCUAUGUAGAAGGCUCCAGCAGACGAGUGUUGAAGCAACGGCAAACGUGCUUCUUGCUGACUGUAAGGGUUACUUAAAGGAAUGUCGAGCCCUUUGUGAUAUUGGUUCCCAGGUGAGCUUCGUUUGCGAAUCAUUAGUAACUAUUUUGAAUCUUCCUAGAAGUCCCUGUGAGUUCCAAGUCGAGGGUAUUGAUCAAAGCCUUUCAACCCGUACCAAAGGUGUUGUCAGAGUUAGUAUGCAGUCCCAGGUGGACGAGAAGUUCCAGAUCAGCUUCGAUGCGUACAUCAUUGAUUCAAUCACGUCGAUGACUCCUUCUACUAAUAUAGACAUCAGGACCAGUCAUCAUUUAAGGGAUCUUUGUUUAGCUGAUCCGGAAUUCGGUAUACCAGGUCCCGUAGAACUACUGAUUGGCGCGGAUAUUUGGCCUGCUCUUGUAUUAAACGACGUUGUUGCCGGUUCUCAUAACGAACCAUGUGCAUUACACACCCGUCUCGGAUGGGUAGUGCUAGGUCCAGUAGCAUCGAACGAGUCGAAGUCAACCCUUUUUUCAUCACUCAUUGACGUUUCCGAUGAUUCUACCACCGAUAAACUUCUAAGGAAAUUUUGGGAAGUAGAGGAGCCUCCUGAUAACAUCAAGGCGGAGGUGGACGAAUGUGAAGAGAUUUUCGCAAACACGGUUACGCGUCAUCCGAGUGGUCAAUAUAUAGUACAGAUACCAUUUCGAUCUGAUGCCUCUCCCCUUGGAAAUUCACAUUCGGCGGCACUUCGGCAAUUUUUGAAACUAGAGCGGACAUUGGCAAACGACUAUGUACUGAGGGAGAAAUACGUGGAAUUCAUGAGGGAAUACAUCAAUUUGGGACAUAUGGAGGCAAUCGAUGCUCCUCCAGUUGACAUAGGAAGCUGUUAUUACAUCCCUCACCAUGCUGUUUUGACUAAAUUCAGAGUAGUGUUUAACGCAUCAUCUAAAACAACGAACGGUGUAUCUCUUAACGAUACGCAAAUAAGUGGACCACGGCUACAGGAUAACCUGGUUGACAUACUUCAUCGAUUUCGGCGGUAUUCGGUAGCUCUCACAGCCGAUAUCAAAAAAAUGUUCCGACAGGUAAUGGUGGAUUCUAGGCAUCGGAAAUGGCAACAGAUCCUUUGGAGGGAAUGCCCUAAUGAACUCUUGCGUACCUAUCAACUUAAGACACUGACGUACGGUAUGGCAAGCAGUCCUUUUAAUGCUAUUAGGUCAUUGAGACAGUGUGCAUACGAUAAUUGGAAAGUGAUCGCUGACGUCAGCCGGGCAGCCGCAGCACGGGACAGCAUCCUUCAUAGCUUUUAUGUGGAUGAUUAUUUGGAAAGUGUCCACACGACAGAACUGGCCAUCAACCGUGCACGGGACGUUGAUGCCAUUCUUCAACAAGGUAAAUUUGAGUUAGAUAAAUGGAACUCCAACUGCGUCCAGACCCUGGAAGGAAUCAGUGGCUCUAAGGCGUCAGCAUCGGAGAUAAAUUUUAGCGAUUCCAGCACAACGGUAUUGGGCCUUCACUGGAAUCCUAUUACUGAUACGUUAUUCUUCAAGGUAAAGGCAUGUAACUUUGACACAAUUCCUACUAAACGGAUUGUUUUGAGUAAUAUUGCAAGAUUGUAUGAUCCACUGGGUCUGUUGGCACCGGUUGUCGUAACGGCCAAGAUGUUUGUUCAAAAUCUAUGGUUGGCGAAAUUGAGUUGGGAUACGCCUCUGCCAUCUAAUCUUCAAGAGACUUGGAUGAGAUACCGGAAUAGUUUACAGACUCUCGAAAGGAUCAAAAUACCACGAUGGCUGGGAAUCAGAGAACAUGCUGUAUUGACACUACAUGGGUUCUGCGAUGCAAGUACCAAGGCUUACGCCGCAGUUAUUUACCUACGAAACACCAUCGCUAACGGAGGAUCCCAUACAUCUCUGAUUGUCGCAAAAACAAGAGUGGCUCCAUUGAAGGAAAUGACUAUCCCCCGCCUCGAACUUUCGGCAGCUCAGCUAUUGGUUACAACUAUGAACAACAUACGUCGCGCCUUGCAAAUGGAAGAUACGGCUUACACUUUAUGGAGUGACUCAACAAUUGUUCUCCAUUGGAUUCGGCGGGAACCCUCUUCAUUGAAACAAUAUGUGGCAAAUAGGAUAGCUUUUAUACAAUCAAAAUCGGAUAUAAACGCGUGGCGACACAUUCGUUCAGAAGACAAUCCCGCUGACUGCGCCAGCCGUGGAAUUACACCGAUAGGACUCAUGGGGAACGAGCUUUGGUGGAAGGGACCUCCUCUUAUUCAUGCGGUGAAUGAAUCAUUAUCAGCGUUACCAAGUCUCACAGCUGAGGAAAAUCAAACUUUUAUUGGGGAAAGCCGUCCGUUAACUGUGCAUCUUGGCGUUACCAGCGGGGACGGUUUACUGAUGACAUCCUUUGGAGCACAACGAGUACCUUUGGUAGCAAGGUUUAGCCGUUUGAGUGCCUUACUAAAUACAACUGCUCGAAUGCGUCGUAUAAUGCCGACGUUGAGAAGUCAGAGAUCACAGGAGUUGAUUACUGCUGAAGAGAAAGAAUGGGCACUAAUCACACAUAUUCGUCAAAGCCAAGGUAAAAUGUAUCAUUCUGAAAUUAGAGCACUUAAAUCUCGUUCCAGCAUCGCUUUGUCAAGUAACCUGCUUCCACUGAACCCAAUUUUGGACGAAGAGGGCCUACUGCGUGUUGGUGGUCGGUUAACAAAUUCGGAAUUACCGUAUGAGCAAAAACAUCCAAUCAUUCUUGCCAAUACCUGUCCAUUGGCAAAACUUCUCAAAAUGUUCGAGCAUUUUUGGAAGCGGUGGAACCGUGAAUAUUUAUCCAGCUUACAGGCGCGUCGCAAGUGGGAAGGUCGACGUGAGAAUCUCCAGCCAGGAGAUGUAGUACUGAUUCAGAACGAGAAUCUACCACCCAUGCAUUGGCGCAUGGGUCGCAUCACUGAAGUUCACCCUGGCAGCGACGGAUUGGUACGAAUAGUUACGGUUGAAUAUAACAGUGAGAAACGUACACCUGAAGGACUUUUUGUUAAGCACCAUUGCCAACGUCCAGUGCAAAAGAUUUGCCGUCUUAUUGAUCCAAAUCGAGAAUUCCUGAACCCUGACGGUUCAGCCGGGCAGGAAUGUUAA